AUGGAUCCGAGAAAUCUCCAAAAGCAAAGCGAGCCAGAGGAACCUCGUUUUCUCAGCUUCCCACAUCUCCCAGACGACGCGACCUUGGAAGACGGUCGGCCAGCGCUGAACAAGUACUCGUCCACACUCACGAGGGGCCAUGACUUCCCCGGUGCACAGGCCAUGCUCUACGCGGCCGGCGUACCUUCACGGGAAGCGAUGAAGACGCAACCUCACGUCGGAAUUGCUAGUGUGUGGUGGGAAGGAAACCCAUGCAACACUCACUGUAUGUCAGACGAUUCACAGCGGCUCAUUGUGCUUGGACUAGGGAAAGAGAUCAAGAAACAUGUGCUGAAUGAUGACAUGCUAGCAUGGCAGUACAAUACUGUUGGUGUAUCGGAUGGUAUUACAAUGGGUGGCGAGGGCAUGCGCUUCUCCCUACAAACGCGUGAAAUCAUAGCAGAUAGCAUUGAAACCGUCACGUGCGCUCAACAUCACGAUGCCUGCAUCGCCAUUCCCGGAUGCGACAAGAACAUGCCGGGAGUCAUCAUGGCUUUCGCUCGUCACAAUCGCCCAUCUAUCAUGGUCUACGGUGGCUCCAUCAUGCCAGGCUACUCCGAGACCCUGAAGAAGCCCAUCAAUAUUUCCACCUGCUACGAGAGCCAUGGAGCAUACAUCUAUAAGAACCUGAAGAGCGCCGAAGAGGGCAAAUUCUCGCCCGAUGAGAUCAUGGAGGAUAUUGAGAGGAAUGCGUGUCCAGGUGCAGGAGCUUGUGGUGGCAUGUACACUGCGAACACAAUGUCGACAUCCAUUGAAGCCAUGGGACUCACGCUUCCCAACUCCUCGACCACACCCGCUGAAUCGCCUGCGAAAAUGCGCGAGUGUGCCAAAGCGGCUGCUGCCAUUCGCGUCUGCAUGGAAAAGAACAUUACUCCACGCAAACUUCUCACUAAAGCUUCCUUUGAAAAUGCCCUCGUCAUGAUGAUGGUCCUCGGCGGCUCUACCAACGCUGUCCUACACUUACUCGCUAUGGCCGGCACAGCAGGCGUCCCCUUGACCCUUGACGAUUUUCAGCGUGUAUCCAACAAGAUUCCCUUUCUCGCCGACCUAGCCCCCAGCGGCCGCUACAUGGCGGCCGACCUCUUCGACAUUGGCGGCAUGCCAUCUGUUAUGAAGCUCCUCGUUGCCGCCAACCUCCUUGACGGCUCCAUCCCCACCGUAACCGGCAAAACGCUCGCUGAAAACAUUGAGCCCUACCCCUCUCUCCCCCAAGACCAAGUCCUCAUCCGUCCCCUAGACAACCCUAUCAAACCCACUGGUCAUAUCGAAAUCCUCCGCGGCAACCUCGCGCCUGCCGGCGCAGUCGCCAAAAUUACCGGCAAAGAGGGAACCCUCUUCACCGGCAAAGCCCUCGUCUUCAACAAAGAACACGAACUCGACGCCGCCAUGAACGCGGGCCUCAUCCCCCACGGCGAAAACGUCGUCGUUGUCGUGCGCUACGAGGGCCCCAAAGGCGGGCCGGGCAUGCCCGAACAACUCAAAGCCAGCGCGGCCAUUAUGGGCGCCAAACUUACAAAUGUCGCUCUCAUUACGGAUGGUCGUUACUCAGGCGCCAGUCAUGGCUUCAUUGUCGGCCAUAUUUGUCCAGAGGCGGCGGUGGGCGGGCCUAUUGCUGUGGUGCGCAAUGGCGAUGUUAUUACGAUUGACGCGCAGAAGAAUCGGAUCGAUAUGGUGGUGAGUGAUGAGGAGAUUGCGAAGAGGUUGGCGGAGUGGACACCUCCGAAGAUGCCGGUGACGAGGGGCGUGUUGGCGAAGUAUGCGCGCUUGGUGGGGGAUGCGUCGCAUGGUGCCAUGACGGAUUUGUUUUGA